AUGCCUUCAUCACGCAGCUCUAUAUCGGACAGCCCCAAGUCUGCUGCGGUAGACGCUCCGGAGCUGGUGAAGCAUCACAGUCAAAAAUCUACCACCGAUGUUCAUGCUCAAGACGAAACACCAGCCAGAGCUGGAGGCCCUCCAGGCCCUCCCGGCUCUGUGGAGAAUCAGUCCGCCAUUAGGGUUAUCUGCCUGAUUGUUUCGGCCUUUGUCGCCAUGUUCCUGGUUGCGCUGGACAGAACCAUCAUCUCGACGGCCAUCCCCAAGAUCACCGACGAAUUCGACUCUCUCAACGAUGUGGGCUGGUACGGAAGCUCGUACCUGUUGACAUGCUGCGCGUUUCAACUCCUGUUUGGGAAAAUGUACAAGCUGUUCUCGGUGCGAACUGUGUUUCUUGCCAGUAUUCUACUGUUUGAGGUGGCCUCUGCUAUCUGCGGAGCUGCUCCCAACUCUGUGGCUUUUAUCGUCGGAAGAGCAAUCUGCGGAGUGGGUGCGGCUGGUAUUCUGGCUGGAACUAUCAUGUGCAUCAUUCAUUCCGUCCCUCUAGAGAAACGUCCGCAGAUUCAGGGCUUAUUCGGCGCCUUAUUCGGCCUUGCCUCGAUCGUGGGUCCCUUGAUCGGCGGUGCUUUUACAUCCAAUGUGACUUGGCGAUGGUGCUUCUACGUCAAUCUUCCGAUCGGAGGUGCGGCGAUGAUCUUUAUUGCCUUCUGCCUCAAGAUCCCCAAACAGGAUACCACGAGGAUUCCGUGGGUGGAGAAGCUGCUCCAGCUGGACUUCCUGGGAACCACUUUCUUAGUCACCGGGGUGGUUUGCCUUGUGCUGGCAUUACAGUGGGGUGGUCAGACAUAUACUUGGAGCAACGGCCGUGUGGUGGCGUGUCUGGUUCUCAUGGGCGUGCUGCUCAUCGCGUUCGUCGCCGUUCAGAUCCUCGUUCCCAAGACUGCGACACUGCCCGUGCGCAUCUUUUCGCAGCGCAGCAUCAUCUCUGGCUUCUGGCAGACCCUCUGCGUAGGCUCAGGGAAUUACAUCUUUGUGUACUUCCUUCCAAUCUGGUUCCAGUCCAUCAAAGGUAACACUGCUGUCGAGUCGGGUAUUCGCCUCCUCCCAAUGAUGCUCUCAAUGGUCGUCGGGUCCGUUGGUGGUGGGAUCGUGAACUCAAAGAUCGGAUACUACACUCCACUCGCCAUCAUUGGGUCCUGCAUCAUGUCCGUGGGCGCGGGUCUCCUGACCACCUUCGAGGUGAACACAGGCGCAGGGAAAUGGAUUGGCUACCAGAUCGUGUACGGUAUCGGGCUGGGUCUGUGUUUCCAGAUCCCGAAUCUGGCCGCUCAGACUGUCCUCCCCAAGCCCGAUGUGCCGUCCGGGUUGGCGCUGAUGCUCUUCGGACAGCUGAUUGGCGCCGCAGUGUUUGUCUCCGUCGGCGAGAACAUUCUUGCAAACCAGCUGGUGAAGCGGCUGUCCGGGCUUCCAGGUUUCAAUCGGUCACUGGUCACCUCCGGUGGUGUCACAGAGCUACUGGAUGCCAUUCCCGCGAAUCUGCGUGAUACCGUCCUUCACUCGUACAAUGAGGCGCUGCGCAAGGUGUUCCAGGCUGGGCUGAUCAUUUCGUGUCUCACCGUGCUCGGGGCCGCGACACUUGAGUGGAAGAGUAUCAAGAAGGGGCAGCCCAAGCCCGAUGCGGAGAAUAAUGGGGGAGCUGCAGGUGAGAAGCCAGUAGAGGCAGCGGGACCCAAAUAG